AUGUGCCUACUUGAUCUCUCUCCAAGACCAGAUGAAAAAUUUCUGGGCUGUGGUAAACUAACUGGUUUCCAGUGUUUGUUGAAGCACAAGGAUGGAUUGUCUGUGAUUUUACUUUUCUUUUUUCCAUCAGGCUGCUUGAUAGGGGCUGUGAAUCUCAAAUCCAGCAACCGAACCCCAGUGGUACAGGAAUUUGAAAGUGUGGAACUAUCUUGUAUCAUUACGGAUUCACAGACAAAUGACCCCAGGAUUGAAUGGAAGAAAAUUCAGGAUGACCAAACAACUUAUGUGUUUUUUGACAACAAAAUUCAGGGAGACUUGGCAGGUCGUGCAGAACUGUUGGGGAAAACUUCCCUGAAGAUCUGGAAUGUGACACGGAGAGACUCGGCCCUUUAUCGCUGUGAGGUUGUUGCUCGAAAUGACCGCAAGGAAAUUGAUGAGAUUGUCAUCGAGUUAACUGUGCAAGUGAAGCCAGUAACUCCUGUCUGCAGAGUCCCAAAGGCAGUGCCUGUGGGCAAGUCAGCCACGCUGCACUGCCAGGAGAGCGAGGGCUCCCCCCGGCCUCACUACAGCUGGUAUCGAAACGACGUGCCUCUGCCCACUGACUCCAGAGCCAACCCCAGAUUUCGAAAUUCCUCUUUUUUCCUAAACUCUGAAACAGGCACUCUGGUUUUCAGUGCUGUUCACAAGGAAGAUUCUGGGCAGUAUUAUUGUAUUGCUUCCAAUGAUGCAGGCUCAGCCAGGUGUGAGGAACAGGAGAUGGAAGUCUAUGACCUGAACAUCGGUGGAAUUAUUGGGGGGAUCCUGGUUGUCCUCACAGUACUGGCCCUGAUAACAGUGGGUAUCUGCUGUGCGUACAGACGUGGUUACUUCAUCAACAAAAAACAGGAUGGAGAAAGCUACAAGAACCCAGGGAAACCCGAUGGUGUUAACUAUAUCAGGACAGAUGAUGAGGGCGACUUCCGACACAAAUCAUCAUUUGUGAUCUGAAAUCUUGACAGUAUGGCUGAGAAAGCACAUGCAAAUACCUCUACUAGAAACUCCUAUUAAGAGCAACUAUGAGCAAAGUGCACUUGGAAAGAGCCAGACACUCACACAAAAGCUUC